AUGGCAUUUGAAAACGAUUUCUGCAUUCUGAUGAGAUAUAAUUUUAAACUUAUGAUUGCUUGCAAGCUCUGGUUGUUGGCACUUUCUUGGUUUCUGUAUGCGAAACGUAGAAAUAAUUUAGGAAAAGGAAUAAAAGAAGCUUUGCGUUGUUGCAUUAAAAAAAAUGUUGACAUCAUGGGAAUGAAUCUGAUGUACGUUUUUAUGUCGUUACAUCAAAGUUUAUCAAGUUAUGAAUCAUCAAGUGGUGAGAGAAAAGAGUGA